AUCAGGCGUCAUCGCUCUUCUGCAAGAGAGCGCGAUUCUGCUCGUCCUCUUCAAGAGGGAAAAAUAAACAGCGCCCUCGCCCACCUGGGAUGUGUGCGUAAUGGGGGGCGUUUUAUGAUUGUCAACAUCCAUAAAUGUGUGCAUCUGUAUGUGCGGGCUGCGUGUGUCGGUACCGUAGCGGAGCUGGACGCGCUCAGGCCGGAGGAGCGAAGCUGGUGGCCGGCCUGCCGCCGCUGACAUCCCCCGGCAGCGGCAGCAGCAGCAGCAGCGGCCAACAUGGCCGAGGACGACAACGAGUGGGUGGUGGAGAGCAUCGUUGGCUACCUGGGGAGUCCAGAAUGGGUUAUUCCAGUCACGGACUUUAUGGAACACAAAUGCACAGUGUUUGAUGAUGAAGAUGAAAAUAAAUUGUCAUACACGGAAAUCCAUCUGCAGUAUAAAAAGUUGGUGGAAAAGCUGCUGGAGAAUUACAUGCAAGAGGUUGGCAUCAACGAGCAACAGUUUUUGGAUGCGUGCACCUCCCCUUUUGCCAAGUCCAAAACUGUGCAAUCUGUUUUCCAGCCAGUCCUGGCCACAGAUGACUUCCAGAUGUUCCGCUCGCUGAUGGUCCAGAAGAACAUGGAGCUGCAGCUUCAAGCCCUACGUGUGAUCAAAGAGAGGAAUGGGGCUCUUCCCGAGUGUCUGACUGAUGGCGUGGAUGACCUGACGGAGCUGCAGCAGCAAGAGAUGAAGAUCCUGCAGGAGGUCCUCAAAAAGUCCAAAGAGGAAUACGACAAGGAAAUGUCGUGGAGGUUGCUCCUGGAGGAGGAGCAGGGUUCUACAUCCAGCGGUAGAUGUGACCCCAAGCCCCAAGGUGGUGGUGGCGGUGGUGAAGUGGCCAAAAGCUGUCCUCCCAGCCAAGACAGCAGCUCUGUCAAGGCCAAAGCUGACGGUCACCUGGUGAAUGGGAACACUGCAGCUAAUCUGGUCAACGGAAAAACACCCAGCAACACUGAGAUCAAGAUGGCAGCCACAGGAGACGUAAAGCGUGAGGAAAAUUACAGUUGUUCUUCUUCUUCUUCCACACGUACCUCUGAUGGUGUCAGUACCUGCCUGGAACCCAGAGUCCUCCCUCCUGUGAGAGCACCAAUCAGCUCCAUCCCUGACCGCAAGGAGCAGAGCGGCAGCCAAUCAGCAGGGGAAUCCUGGCUGGAGGAAGCACACAGGGAGGCGGGCUUCUCUCAGCCUUACACUGAGUUGUCGGCGUCACAGCAGCAUCAGCUCCAGCAGAGGGCGGCUUACUUGUGUCAGCAGCGAGACAAGCUACGUGCGCUCAAGGAGCAGCAGAACAAGACCAAGCAAGCAGGCAUGCCCGAGGAGGCGCCCGGCACCCCCUCACCACCGACACCUCUUCAGACCUCUGAGAUUUCUGCAGAGGAGCGGAAGAAGCUUCAGAAGAGAAAGCAUCUGGCUGACAAGCUGAAAGAAGAAGUCAUCAAGAAAUGAGCGCCACGUGAAAUACGAACUCUCCUUUGAAUGCAGUCCAAGGUUCCUAAACUCACCUUUGUUGUGUGGAAUCAGGGUUUGUGCACCAUGUCCUCGCUCAGUACACAUCAAGACAAGUCCGAGAUCUUCCUUUGUGACGAUAUGACUGUUUCCUUGUCUUCUACAGAGGAUUUCAAAGAGUGUGUCUAAUGGAGCACUCUCUUAAAGACUGUUUUUUCAUGUCAUCGUUGGACUCGAGUGUCCAGGUGGAAGAAAAUCGUUGUACAUAUGUUGAGAUGUUAAAAAAAAAACAUUCCACAUGCAUGCAACUUGCAGAAAGAUAUCUCAGAAUGCAAUGCUUGGAGCUUCAGAAACUGGACCCGCUGGUUCAUGCACAUUUACACCACUAGAUGGCAGCAUUUAGAAAGCAUGUGUACGUAAUAGUUUCUAAGUGGAAACAAUGGUGAUGCAAUAUUAUCCUAUGUGGUUGAAUAAAUAACCAUUUGUAAAGUGGAUGUUAUUAAAACAAUGUAAAAAAAAAUAAUAUGCCGUCAGUACCAGAUUAUAUCGGACAUUCAGGGUCACAUUUGAUGUCAAAAUGUCAAGACAACCUGCCAGGUCAUAUUUGGGUCUAUUCCCCUUUAGAAUUCCUAGAGAAAAAGACUAUGGCCGAGUCAAUCCCUCCUUGCAUGUUUGUAAGAAGACAUUUUGUAAUAAAAAUAUAUGCAACCCUCAUUCGCAACUAAAUUAGUGCUUCAUU